AUGUCGCACAUCCUAAAUCUGGAAGGCCGAGUUGCUAUUGUAACAGGCUCCUCUUCAGGAGUUGGUCGCGCUAUCGCAAUUGCGCUGGCAAGCGAAGGCGCCUCGGUGAUAUGCAGCGAUUUGACGCCUGAGUUGCGUCUUGGCGGAUACGAGGUCGUGACAGCGCCUACGCACGAGGUAAUCGCAAAGACGGGCACAGCAAUCUUCAGAAAAACAGAUGUCGGCUCGCCGGAAGACAUGGAAUCCCUGGUUGCAUCUGCCAUUGCAGAAUUCGGCAGACUGGAUAUCUUGGUCAACAACGCAGGAAUCUUCUGCGGGCAGAACAGGAUUGCAGAAGAGUCGGUAGAAGCAUUUGACAAGACUAUGGCCAUCAACACGCGAGGCACCUUUCUCGGCAUGAAAUAUGCCAUUGCACAGAUGAUGAAGCAAGAACCACGGUCCUCCGGAGACCGUGGCUGGAUUGUCAAUAUAUCCUCGAUUGGUGGCGUAGUAGGUUUAUCUAUGGAACAAGCGUCUUAUUGUGCGAGCAAAGGUGCCGUGACAAACUUGACCCGGCAGGUAGCGCUUGACUACGCUCCCGAUAAGAUCCAUAUCAAUGGUGUGUGUCCCGGCUUUUUGAAGACCGCAAUGGUUCGUUCUGCGCUGGAAGACCCAGCCCUCCACGAGGAGCUGCAUAAUGCAUCACCAUGGCCACAUUUGGGCCUGCCAGAGGAUGUAGCGAAGGCGGUACUAUUUCUCUGCGGCGACGGUGCGAGCUGGAUGACAGGAGUAAUGGUGAAUGUGGACGGAGGGUACUGUGCAAGAUAG